CCAUAACAUAGUGAUUUACCCCACCCCCUCAUGCUAUGACAAUCAGCACAAAUAUCCUACUACUAGCUAGAUAGCCAGCUAAAUGGCUAGUGAGGUUACGCCAUCACUUGCGUAAGCACUCAAUCCAGAGCGAGAGAACCAAUCAAGAUGAUUACCACCACGUAGCCACUGCUCUACACUGCACGGUAGGAGAUAAUUGUAAGAUAGAAGAUGGGAGUGGAGGCCACUAAUCGUUAGUAGUUCCAGUCGAUGGAGCGAUGAUGUCAAUGCACUUAAGCUAGCUAGCUAGCUAGGCAGGUAGGGCUUCAGGCAUCAAAGUUCUCGUCAUCACGGAUGAUAUCAGUUCCGUGCGGUCAUAGAUCAGGAUAGACAGCUAAGUGGAGGAUGACGACGACGACAACGACGAUGAUGGUGAUGGUUAUUGGGUAUCAAUCAGAGAGCUUUAUCAUAAACGUGGUUAUUGUGGUAGGUCAUGGGAAUUUUUGGAACGACAGUUCUAGGAAGCGCUCUCGAGUGCAAGAUCUGGAAGUGAAAAAGAUGUAGUAAGAAUAGAAAGAAUAUCAAAAUCCAAAUCCGGUCAAAUUGAUUCUGCCUACUCCGUCGCUAAAGGACGAAUAAAAUAAAUCCAACCAAAUUCAGUCCAGGCCAGCUCAACUCAAUCAAUAUGUUUGUAACUCUUUAUCCGGAUCUAUCGAACUCCCGAGUCAUGUCCGUGUCUUCGUAUCGUUUCGUCUUGGCUUUUAUCGUUUCUUUGUGUAUAUAUCGUGUCGUAGCGUAGCGCAUCAUCUGCGUAAUUGACGGUCACCAGGACCGUGAGGCUUUUAGGCAUAGAGUGGAAGAAUGGGGAGGAGAGGAGGAAAAGAUGAAGUGUAUCAUGUCGAACCUCUUCUAACUGGAACGAGGAUGGUGCUGAGUCGCUUCCAACGCUGUGUAGGUGAAGUGGGUGCAUCGCGAUCUAGACGGUUGUCUAGACUGGGCUUCGAAGAGGAUUGAGUGGAGGAUCGGGGUCUUGUGACAAGCGCUUCGUGGUCGGCUAGGACAUCCUCGAGCCGGACAUCGCAAUCGGACAUGCGCGGCCGAGUAUCGUUGGGGUCGAGAAUCUCGAUAAAUUUGGACGACAUGUCGCGCAUCUUUCGAUUGAUAAGUGACUUGGUAGAGGGAAGCUUGUGGUGGUUGUCGAUUCUUUUUUCUUGUUGGGUGGAAUGCGGCUUUAACGUUUUCUUUUUCUUGUUUCCUUUGCUACGGCGGCGAUCACGAGGUGGAUCGGGGAACUUUGUUCGUGAAAUAGUCGGCGGUGGAAAAAGUAAACCCAACCGGGUCGGAGAAGUAGGUUCGUGAUGGAAGUUAAGGGAAUAACUAGGAGCACUGUCGACCGUGAAGCGAAGAAGAUCCGGAUAACCGCUGGCGGAUAUAUCUUCCGUGCGGACAGAGAGUGGACAGGGAGUUGGAGAUGAGCAGAGGGGUAAACGACUGGGACAUGAAGGACAAAGGAGGAGAAGGACGAGAAUGAAGAUGAAAAAGGCACAGACAGUGCAGUAGCGGGUGAUGCCGAUUCGCUGAGCACGGUUUCAAGUAUGCGCCAGGCAGGGAUGUCGAGCGGUCUUCUGCGUCUGAGCGGAUGAGCUGACAGAGAAUGGCCCUGAAAGAAAUACUCGUUGUUGGAGAGAAAUCUAG